GCUUGGCCUGCAGCAUUCCACAAUGUUCAUCGUAGCAGAAAGCGUCCAUCGCGCCGUUGCCGACGCAUACGCGGCCACCCAGCCACUGAAUGCCGUGGUAGUCGACAUCAGCGAGGCAGAGAAGAAGGAAGGAGGUAGUGUCGCGGGAAAGCUGGUGUUCUUUGGCGGCCUGGCACAUUUCGCUACCCUGCAUCGCGUGUUACAGCCGAGCGGGGUGUUGGAAGCAUUCCUUGCCGUCGAGGGGAACGAAUCCAACAAGAACGCAGUGUUGAUGCAGCUCAUCUUGCAGGGGUUCUUGAACUCGAACGUGGACAUUGACGGAAAUGGUAUCCAUGCACGUGCUCAAAAGUCGGGCUUUGUCGAAGGCGCCAGCGUUGCGGUCAAGUUCACCCCCGUGCAGAAACCCAAAUGGACAGUCGUUGCAGACGAAGAUGAUGAAGAGGACAUUGUCGAUGAAGACGACCUACUGGACGACGCCGACGACAUCUUGUCUCGCAACGACGACUGUGGUCCCGGCAAGGAUGGGAAGAAGAAGCGCCGGUGCAAGGACUGUACAUGCGGGUACGUGGUAUCUCAAUCGUCCCUCGAUUGCGAACUUUUCCAUAUUUCCAUGCUCAGGCGUAAAGAUGAAGAUGAUCAGCCUAUCGUGUCCGAAGCCGAAUUGAAACAAAUGGUGUCCAGCUGCGGCAAUUGCUACAAAGGCGAUGCGUUCCGCUGUGGCGGGUGCCCCUUUCUCGGCCAGCCUGCGUUCAAGCCUGGCAUGGGCAAAGUUGUGCUCAACCUCGACAGCUCGGACGACUUUUAGCUACAAAUUUGAUUAGCUCGUCUAUCCACUGACAACUAUAUCGCUUGAUGACUCUUGAGGGCAGCAAUAUCUUGCUUGAUUGGCAAGUCGAUUCGAAAUUCGAAGCAGAAUCACCAAAUCGAUAUACGACCAAUCAAAUCCACGGACCAUUUCAACAUUGAAUUAGUGUGUGACUUUAAUUAGUGUGAGGCUCGACCAUCUUUACAUGUAUAACUCAGGA